AUGGCGUUCCGUCGAGACGUGCCGGCGCUGGACAAGAUCGUGCUCAAGUUCAUCUCCAAGGCGCCGCGCCAGCUGAGCGUGAUCAUCAACGACCAGACGCUGGCGCGCGCCCAUCGCAUUGGCAGACCGGCCAAGUCGCGCACGCACAAGAUCAAGCAGGAGGUGAUCCGCGCGCUGCUCCUGGGCGGGCGACUGAGCGACGACACGCUGCCCGCGAGCUUCUUCCAUUCGAGCAUGACCCGCGUGGAGGUCAUUGGCACGAAGAUAUCGACCGUGUUUGUCGAGAUGGUAUCGAAGAUCUGUCCGAAGCUGCACUCGGUGAACUUCUCGGGCUGUUUUCGACUGACAGACGAGGCCAUUGAGACGUUGCUGAAGAAUUGUCCAGAAAUCAAGGACUUAAAUAUCGAAAAUUGUCGCAAAUUGACGGACGUCACGCUGGACCAUUUGCGUAAAUUUGCUCUGAAACUUCAGAGUUUCGACAUUGGCGGCAAUUUUAACAUGACCAUUUCAGGCAUUACGAAGCUUAUUGAGAAGCACCCGAACCAUUCGAAGCUUACGAAGGUCCAUGUUUCUGGCCACCCGGUGACCGACCAAACGAUCAAGAUCAUUAUGGCCAAGUGCCGGAAACUGCACAGCUUAAGUGUCGGCUAUUGUGCUAUCACGGACGAUGCUCUGAUUGCGCUACUGAAGAAGCGCGAAUCGGUGUCGCGUCUGUGCUUGCACUGGAAUGUUGCGAUCACCGAUCAGUUGCUACACUACCUUGGAUCAGAGGCCCGAAACUUGCAGGAGCUGAACUUGUGCGGCGUCAAAAGCGUUUCUGCCGACUGCAUUGUUGCUGCCAUCCACGCGAAGAUGGGUGCUCGAAACGAGUUGCUUGAUCCUACAUUGUCGCAGUCUAUUCCGGACGAUAAUCCUGGACCUGAGCGGAAGCGCCUGAAGAGGAUUGACUUUCGAUACACAUCUGUCACGAAAGAAGUUGCUGCGGCUGUCAAGGAGCGAUACCCUGAGCUACAAGUCACGUUCUGA